AUGAAUAACGAAGCUAUCAAUGUUUCUGAAUCAACGCCUGCAACUCUGGCAGCAGGAUCAUCCUCAGGAACUAAGAUUGAUAUCAAUCAUGCCUUCUAUUUGCACUCUUCAGACUCUCCUGGAAUGGGGUUGGUAGGCAGCACUUUUGAUGGAAGAGGUUAUCAGGGAUGGAAGAGAUCAGUGCUCAUAGCACUCUCUGCAAAGAACAAACUGGGCUUCAUCACUGGAACACAUCCUUCACCAGCCCCAACAUCACCAGAUCUGCAGCCUUGGAGCAGAACUGCUAAAGAACUCUGGAUGAGUCUAGAGCACAAAUUUGGUCAAUCAAAUGGUGCUAAACUUUUCCACUUGAAAAAGGAACUUAACAGGUUGGUACAAGGAACUAACAAUAUUGCAGGAUACUUUACUAAACUCAAGAGGCUUUGGGAUGAAUUAGUUUCUCUAGAUUCACAAGAUAAGUGCACUUGUGUGUGUAUCUGUGAGGGAAAACAGAAAUUGGAGAAAUCUGUGGAGGCUGAGAUGCUUAUACAAUUUCUUAUGGGUCUUAAUGACACAUAUGCUCAAGCAAGGGGUAAUAUUCUUAUGAUGAAUCCACUACCUAACAUAAAUGUUGCUUAUUCCUUGAUCUUACAGGAUGAAAACCAAAAGGAAACAUACAUGAGUCCUAUCAUUCCUACUGAUUCUUCAUCUUUCAUGGUUAAUAACAAUGUAAAUCAAAACAAAAAUGGUAAGCAGGUUCAGAAAUUCAGCCCAGGUGCAUCAGGAUCUGGACCUAAGCCAAACAUGGGCUAUCCUAGGAUGAACAACUACCAACAGGCUCAGCAGGCUCCUAGAUAUCCAAGACAGAAUGCAAGGUUCAAAGGAAAGAAGAAAUACAACCCUAAUGUUUCUUGUGCUCAUUGUGGUAAAAUAGGUCAUGUCAUAGAUGAUUGCUACAGAUUGAUAGGUUUUCCUGAGGAUUUCAAUUUCACAAAUGACAAAACCUACUCAACACCAGUGAGAGGAAAUUGA